AUGGCGGACAGAACGGCGUCAACGCCUACCGGCACCGGCAAGGGCACGACGACCUCGCCGCCCGCUAUAACGUCUUUCCCGAAAAAUCCCUUGACGAAGUCGUUUUCGCGCCCGAAAGACUGUACCGGCGUCGUCAAGUCCUCGUUCCUCGCCAUGAUGGACGUCGCUUCGACCUGUCUCCCUCCCGGUAUCCAGACAGAGUCCGACGCGUACUUUUCUCCAGGAAUUGCCUGUCCGUCUGGCUACGUCAGUGCCUGCCACGACAACACUGGUGUCGCAUCCUUGACGACUGUUACAUGCUGCCCGACGCUCAACCGCGACGUCACACUGUCCUGCGUCGACGACAGGACGCUGGCAUCGGUAUGGAGCACGCUGUUCUGCACGUGGAUCGCGCCCAAGGCCAAGACUUCACUCCCGGUUACGUUGAGCGCCAACGGGGUCACAAGCACCGAGAACCUGGACUUCUCGAGCCCCGGCGGCCUGAACGCUUUUGGCGUUCGCAUGGUGUAUCAAAAGACGGACACGGACAGGCCGACAGCAACGACUACCGGUGGCACCACAAAGCCAACGAGCAGCGACCCGACAAACUCGGACACGAGCACACCUUCGCCGGGGGAUGAUGGAGGACUUUCGACUGGUGCAAAGGUGGCGAUCGGGGUUGUCAUUCCGGUCGUGGCCAUUGCGGCGCUGGUUGGGAUCCUGCUUUGGUGGCGGAGAAGGCGAAGGCAUCACGGCCAAAGCAGCAGCGGCGGCGGGGAGCUGUACAAGUACCAGCCGCAGCCUCAGCAAACGGCGGAGCUACACGGGCAGCCUAUGCAGGAGCUGCAGGGAAGCGUGGUUGACCCCGUCGAGCUACCGGCGUCAACUCCGCAUCCGAGGCAGGCUUGA